ACACAAAAAAACAAUGAAAGGUUACAUUAUUGCUCUUAUAGUAUGUGGCUGCGUCGCUAUAAUCGCGGUUGUUCUUAUCUUAUGUUGUCUUCAAAACCGCAAAAAGAAAAAGACGUGGUCUCCUCCAUCGCGUCCGCCGCCGGCAAGAGACGUUGAAAAAGGUAGAAGCAGUGUCGCAAGAGAUGGAGGGCUUGUUGUUUUGACAGGCACUGCUGUCACAACAGCCGUUGUAGCUACGGCUGCAAGCACCGGAACGUCCGAUGAAAUUAGUGGUGGCGGAGGAGGUGGUGAAGGUGGAGGAGACUGUGAUGGUGGUGGAGAUGGUGGAGGAGGAUGUGGAGGUUGCGGUGGUUGCGGCGGUUGUGGCGGGUGUGGAGGUUAAAGACUGUAUAGUUAUUAGUGAUGUAAUAGUGAAUUUAUAUGUUGGUCCGAUAAUAAAUUGUGCAUGGAAGGUUUUAAAUUGUGAUUGUAAGGUUUUAAGUGUGAUCUCCUUGAUGAAUUAAAAUUGCAAUCCUAAUUAAUGGAUC